UGUUGCAAAAUGUGUUUGUUGUUGUUUUAUAAUCGCCGAAUUUAGUUGAAUUCAAUUUUUAAUAUAUUGUAAAUAAAAAUGAUACGCAAAUUACACUGCAUGCUGCGAUUACAAAGCGGCAUCACACAAACACUCUACAGACACAGAGCACCGACGAUCCUGACGAGAAAUUAUGCAACGGACGAAGCAAAUCGAAAUGCAGAUGACAAGAAUGGUAAUAAUGCAAAACGAACCUCCAAAAGUCUGCCCGCUGUGCGCAACCCCUUUGGAGCGGCACAGGAGAAGACGAAGAACUCUUACUUAGCGAUGGUGGAAAUCUUUGAGGAGCGCGAUGUUCAUCGGCGCAACCAUGUGGAAUUCAUCUAUGCGGCAUUGAAGCACAUGCCCGACUUUGGUGUGGAGCACGAUCUAGAAGUGUACAAGGCAUUAAUCAAUGUGAUGCCCAAGGGCAAAUUCAUUCCAACGAAUGUAUUCCAGUCCGAGUUCAUGCACUAUCCCAAACAGCAGCAGUGCAUCAUUGAUCUCCUCGAGCAAAUGGAGGAUUUCGGCGUUAUGCCCGACUACGAAAUGGAGGCGAUGCUGCUCAAUGUAUUUGGCAAGAAGGGGCAUCCAUUGCGCAAGUAUUGGCGCAUGAUGUACUGGAUGCCCAAAUUCAAAAACCUCUCGCCAUGGCCACUGCCCGACCAGGUUCCCGACGAUACUCUGGAAGUCGCUAAGCUGGCCGUGGAACGCAUGUGCACCGUGGAUCUGCGUUCCAAAGUAGAUGUUUUCGAGACCAAGGAGCUGGAGGACUCGUUGGACGACACCUGGAUAGUGAGUGGCAUGAGUGUCGAGCAGUCGAAACUGCUCAAAGAGCAUUCGCCACAAAAAGCGCUCUACAUCGAGGGACCCUUUCACAUCUGGAUACGCAAUCGUCGCAUUAAUUACUUUACGCUGCGUGCAGAUGCUGAUGCCGAGUUCCUAGCACAGUUGGACGAACGGCAGCUGGAUGAUGAUGAUGUCAGCCAGAUCGGUGUGCCAUUCUUUGGACGUGCGCCGCCACGACGACACAAUCAACUGGGCAAGGUGCGUUCGGUCCAUCAGCAGGAUGAUGGCACAAUUUUUGCCAUCUGCGCCACCGGCACCUCCACCAAGGACUCGUUGCUGUCGUGGAUACGUCUGCUUGAGCUGCAUGGCUUGGCGUCAUUUGACCAAAUACCUGUGCUCUUUCGCUUCAAGUCCGUUGUGCCCGCAAAGGCGGAGGAAAUCGCUGGACCAGCAGUCCCGAGCAGUGAUAUUGAUGCAUCGUUGCAUAGUCAUAAGGAGCACACGUAGUGAGUUGUUGUUAAUAAAUUAAUUGCCGAGCAAAA